GCCCGUCACACAUCUUUACUGUUAUUCCUUACUUCGACCGCAGCAGGACAAGCAGGCGUAGACGGCACCUCCGCUACCAGCUCCAGAACGACGACGCAUAUACUCCUGCGCUGCGCUGCCGACAUCGCCGCUUUCGUCCCAAGUCGGCACCCCGUCCUUCCCCAGCUGUAAUCAACACUUGAGGAUCGCACCUUCCUCUUCCCCAUGGCUUCACCACGCGAUCGAGUAGCCAAGAUGUCUCGCGCAUCCACGACCAGCUAUGGUCAGGUGAUCGAGUACAUUCAAGACCGACUCUAUCUGGCAUCGUACACAAGCCCGCCCGAUGCCAACACGCCCUUUCCGUACCCCAAGCAAAGCCAGUCGCCUUCCAAGCGGUCAUCGCGCGCGCAAGUAGGACCUACUGCCGCAGGGCCCAAGGCGCAUCCUCCUGUCUACUUCAGUAUCGACAAGACUCUCCUGUACAAUGCCUUCCAUGGUGACUUCGGCCCACUGCACAUUGGUCACCUCUACCGCUUCGCUGUUCAGCUGCAUGAAGUUUUGGGCGACCCAGCCAACGAGGACCGCGCUGUCGUCUUCUGGAGCAGCGCCGACUCUAGGAGUCGCGCAAACGCUGCCUGCAUUCUCGCAUGCUACAUGGUGCUCAUCCAGUCAUGGCCACCUCAUCUUGCUCUGGCGCCCAUUGCCCAGAUGGAUCCGCCCUGCAUGCCCUUCCGCGAUGCCGGUUACAGCCAGGCUGACUAUGUCCUGAACAUUCAGGACGUCAUCUACGGUGUAUGGAAGGCCAAGGAAGAAGGCCUUUGCGGUCUGAAAGACUUCAGUCUCGAGGAAUAUGAGAAGUUCGAGCGCGUAGACAUGGGUGACUUCAACUGGGUCACUCCCAACUUUCUGGCCUUCGCCUCACCACAACAACAACCCACACAUGAGAUCCCGACAUCAUCACCAAUGUACGCGACGCUACCUUCCAACAUCGCCGAGAUCCAGCGAUCUGGACUCCCCGGUCCCUUCAAGAACGUACUCUCGCACUUUUGCGCGCGCAACGUCGGUCUCGUUGUGCGAUUGAACUCGGAGCUGUACUCCUCGUCCUACUUCACCAAGCUCGGCAUCCAGCACUUGAACAUGAUCUUCGACGACGGCACAUGUCCGCCGCUGUCACUCGUACGCAAGUUCGUCAACCUUGCACAUGAGAUGAUUACGGUGCAGAAGCGCGGUAUCGCAGUUCACUGCAAGGCUGGACUAGGACGAACCGGCUGCCUCAUCGGGGCUUACCUGAUCUACAAGCACGGCUUCACCGCCAACGAGAUUAUCGCAUACAUGCGCUUCAUGCGCCCGGGCAUGGUUGUCGGUCCCCAGCAGCACUGGCUCCAUCUCAACCAAGGUACUUUCCGAGAGUGGUGGUUCGAGGACACCAUCAAGGCCAAGUACGCGCAGAUGAUGCCAUCAACGCCUACCAAGUCACCGCACAAGCAGCGCCUUGCUAGCAACGGGCAAACCUUCACACCGCCCAACGGAUCUUCCAAGCGCGCUGCGCUCGGUGAGAUCGAGUCGAACGAGCGAAGCAACUCGGGCCAUAUUGGAGUACUAGAGGACAACUUGCCUGCGCCGACACCGGGACAACCGCGAAAGACUAGCAAGCUCUACGGUAACGGCCGGUCACCACAGCGCAUCGACGAGAACGAGCCCUUCACCAAGUCGCAUACAGAGGUCAGAGCAGACAUCACACGCUUCGAUGGUGAGUCGGACGAGGAAUUCCAUCUCCGCCAGAUUGCGCGGCGUACUUCGUCACGCUCCCCUCAGCGUUCACCAACCCUCAAGGACAAGCAGCGCCGCGCUUUCAGCACCACGUCUGUCGUCCAAACAUCUGUAACACACACCUCUUUCGGCUUCGGUGAAGAGAGCGACCUCGAGAACACUGCACCGGCUGGCAUCCGGCCGAAGACACCAAAGGAGAAGAGCGGCAGUGGCAGCAUCAACAUGGGCAAGAUCCGAUCGAGCCCUUCGCGCAGGAGCACCGAUGGCAAGUCUGCUGUACGGAAGACCAGUGGUCGUGUCGGGAGCUUAGGCAAUGCCAUCUCCCGCCCAAAGUCAUGAGCCACGUCCCUGGAUUCUGAGUUUCUGAUCCUCAAUCUUCAUUCCGGGAGUUAUAGCAUGGCGUCUUGGGACACGACUUUCAUCGUCACUUCGUUUCUUGUCUCAGUCAAUUCUUCGUCGCACAGCAUGCCAUCGGGCUCGGCGCUACAUAUGUCGUCUGCAGGCGGGCGUUUUGAAUCACUAAAGAGUGCAUAACGGUGUUGGGUCAUCAUUCUGGGAGUUACUGGGGCGCAUGGUGUGCUAAUGUCUCUUCUCUUUCCACUGUUUCAUUACCAGUGACUGUUGCGCUGCAUCUUUACUUUAGUCUUGUCCCUUUUCGCGGUAAUCUGGCUGCGGAUAUGUUCAUGACGUGUAUGAGUUGAUGACUACUUAUAAUUGUCCAAAAACAAUGGCACUCUCUCUCCGAAUCGAGUU